UAUGAAUGGGUAGCAAUGGGUGCGGUGCAGCGGUGCAGCGGUGCAGCGGUGGAAAGCGAGCGUGAAAGUGGUCAACUAAGGCUGCGUGUCAGCGGCCGCGUAGAGUCGAUGGUCAAUCAUCAAUCGUGCGUGGUGGCAGCAGCAGCAGCAGCAGCAGCAAUGGCCAGGCAGCUGGAGGCCAAGGCGAGAGGUCAACGCAAGAGGUCAACGAGGCAAUGUCGAUCAACACGGUUGCGCUAGCACGCCGGCGACAGGACAGCUGGAUGGCUCGCAGCAACAGUUGAACAGCCGCUGAGAGUCGCAGCGCUGCCAGAGGCUUCGCACGUCUCGCUCGCCCUCGCAGCGUCUCACACUGCCAUCGCCAGCCCGAAUGUGGCGGCUCGCGUCCAGCGUGUUCCCGCUCGGCUGGAGCCCGGGGGUAGGGGUGCGACAGAGCCGCGAACGGUACUCACCAGUCACAGGCGCGGGUAGCAGCCUCUUCCGAGUCUUCUCUGCAACAGAGACUGGCGACAACGAACGACAACCUUCGCGGGCGAGCUGCGGCGGGUGCGGCGCGGAGAGGGAGGAGGGCGGCGGGCGAGCACGGGCGUACAAAGGAAGUGCUGCUGCUGCGGGAUGGUAGGGGUUGACCACUUUUGACCACUCGCAAAACUCGCGAGAUGAUCUACCGAUUGCAAUAAAAUCGAGCCGCACAGAGGCUAGCGCGCCCGGGUGGCUACGAGCGAGUCGGUGGUCCUGGGCGUUGCUAUGCUCCGCCGUGCUCCGCUAUGCUGCCGCAGCCAUGUAGACACCGCUGCGCGUAUGCAGCGAGACGCAAGCAGCGAGACGUAGGGGAGAGCGCUGCAGUGCCCGCGACCAACGACCAAGCACGCCGGCAGCGCGGGGGCAACCCUCGCCGGCCG